UAUCUCGCGUCUUUACACUGAGGGAUCCUCUCAGACCACAGCAGAGCUGUUUAAAGUCCAACUACAGAAACUUCGAGAUCAAGAGCAGCGUUUCAAAAGAAGAUUGCGUUCGGUUCAUAGGAAGUUUGCAGAUGUACCAGAAAAUUCUGAGUUCCAGGGACAGCAUCAUGUAUACUUUGAAGAUGGCAAAGGGAUUUACAGAUCGACUCUGGGACACGAUGAGCAGGAGAUGUUGGAGGUGUUCAAUGCAGAUUGGGGAGGAGGUGGAUAUGGAACCAUCCAGAGGGUCAGACUCUCUCCCUCAGAGACCAUGCUGGCCGUCACUGUAAAGAAAGACCACCACGAGGAGACCAGAUGUGUGUUGGUUCAUUUAGGUGGUCUCAUCCUUCGUCAAAAGGCCCUGCUGGUUUUAGACAAUGUGCUCAGCUUUGAAUGGGUCACAGAUGACGUCCUCUUCUACAGCACACAGGAGACUCUUCGGUGCCUACGCGUUUUCCGUCUUCAUCUCAGUGAUUCUGGUGUCCAAACCACCCUUGUCUAUGAAGAAAAGGAUCCAGAGUUCUUUGUGGAGGUCAGUCGUUCCAGAGACCAGAGGCUGGUGACCAUUAACUGCAGCAGUAAGAUCAGCUCUGAGGUGUGGUUUGUUGACAGCAAGACUCGGCUCUCAUUCCCCACCCUCAUCCAGUCCCGUCAGCCUGGACUGCUUUACCACGUGGAGCACUCAGACAACUACCUGUUCAUCCUGGCUAACACUGGAGCAAACCAGGAGUAUCAGCUGCUUAGGGCACCUUUAGCCUCUCCAUCCAAGCCACACUGGGUGCCAUUGUUCAGUGCUGUUCCAGGAACAGUCAUUAAAGAUAUGGAGCUGCUUCAGGAUCACUGUGUGUUCACAGUGAAGGAUUCACAGUGUCGACUUCAGAUCCAGACUCUUUCCACACAAGAGCCCUAUCAGUUAAACACUCACAAGCUUCCUCACUGGGCCUGUGAUUUAUCACUGCAGCGUGUUGGAACUGUGGACAGAGGGUCAUUUGGUUUCCUCCUGUCCUCCCCAGUGCACCCACCUGUACACUACCUCUAUUCCUCCAGAGAACAGAAGCUCUCCGUAACAGAGGACAACACCAAGUACAUGUCCCUCACUGAGUUUAACACAACACGCCUGCAGGCAGCCAGUCAGGAUGGUACAAUGGUGCCUUUGACUCUCCUCCACAUACCAGCAUUAUCUGAGCUGCAUAAGGCUCCACUGCUCCUGCAUGUUUAUGGAGCUUACGGUGUUGAUCUCAAUAUGGCCUUCAGUCCUGAGAAGAGACUGCUGCUGGAGGACGGCUGGGCUCUGGCCUACUGCCAUGUCAGCUUUACCCAUCCAUGCUGAUCACUGCAUACUCAGAGGACCGUAGAGUUCCUUUAUCUGGGGUCAUGAAGUAUGUGGAAAGACUAAAGAAGGCCAUCCAAAUGUAUAUCACUCGGGUUGGUGUUAACGCAGCACGUGUCCCAGCUGUCAUUCUGGACCUGCAGCCAGGAGGGGAUCACUUUGGCCCUGAGGAUUUUCAUCU